UAGAGUUCAGGGGAAGGCUUACGUAAAUUACAAGGAAAAUGCUGUAGGAUUUAUUUUAUCUGACACAACUAACAGUCAGUAUUUUUGGUAUACACAACUGUAAGACUGGCAAGUCAUUCUUUUAUAUUUACCAUGAAGGUGCCAAACAAGGUAUGCUCGUUCCUGUCGGACUAUAUUCAACGUGAAAUUUCAGAAAAUGUCCAGGAAUUAUGUCUUUAUAGUGAUAAUUGUCCCAGACAAAACCAAAAUCAUACCAUGAUAAGCAUGUAUGCAGCAUCAGUUGAAACUAAUAGAUUUAAAAACGUGGAACAAUUUUUUCCGAUCAGAGGCUUUGGUGUCAUUAAACAACGUUCAAAGCGAUUCAAUCAUAUAUUUUCUGUUCACGAAUACACUGAAAUAAUAAUAGCUUCAAGUGCGCAGAAAAUUUUUACUGUCAUGGAAGUUUCAGGAGAAGAAAUCAAAGAUUUCAAGCAAUGGUUGCUCAAAUUUUAUAAAAAAAUGUUAUGUCUCUGGAAACUUCAAACAAAAAAAUCCCCAGGGUACAAAAGCAACCCUUUUCUGUAUCGCAAUUUUGCCAUUUUCGUUGUAACUCAGAAACUCCUGGCUAUGUCAUGUGCUCAGAAUUUAUUGGAGGUCUGACGAACCAUACUUUUAAGAUCCAUAUGCCAAGAAAUGUCGAAAGAGUUAGAAUGCCUGAAAAAGAAACCCUAUCAAGAGAAAGUUCCAAUAUUGGAAACAGAAUAACGGAUAUCGGUAAAGCGAUGUCAUACGUUCCAGAGGAAUAUCACCCAUUCUAUCAA